UGCAAGCCCGCAGUAAUGGCUCAGUGCCGUGAGUGCUGGCGACUCUACCAAGCGACGCCAAGCCACAUGCAGACGCGCCAGUUCAAAGUGGCUGUUAUAGGGGCAGCCGGUGGCAUUGGCCAGCCACUGGCUCUGCUGCUGAUGACCAACAAGCUGGUGACAGAGCUGGCCGUGCACGACCUCGAGGAUACCACGGGCUUCCGCAAGGACCUGUCGCACAUGGACUCAGGCUGUCAGGUGAAGGCGUACUUCGGAUCAGACCAGAUGAAAACGGCCAUAAAGGGUGCCGACAUCGUGAUGAUUACCGCGGGAAUGCCGCGAAAGCCGGGCCAGACACGGGACUUCCUGUUCGACACAAAUGCCCCCAUAGUGGCGAAGGCUGCUGCCCUGGUAUCGGAGUAUUCGUCCCAUGCGCUGGUGGGCAUCAUCACCAACCCAGUGAACGCUGUGGUGGCCGUUGCAGCGGAGGCAAUGAAGAAGUGUGGCAGGUAUGACCCUGGGCGUCUCUUUGGGGUGACCACACUGGAUGUGGUGCGGGCCGAGAAGUUCAUUGGGGACCAUAUGGAAAUCAAUCCAAGAAAGGUGCGGAUACCCGUGAUCGGCGGACACGCCGGCACCACCAUCGUACCCAUCUUCUCGCAGUGCCAGCCGCCCUUCGAGGGUGACAAGGCGUGCAUCGAGUCGAUCGUGAAACGCAUUCAGACAGGCGGCGAUGAGGUGGUCAAGGCCAAGGCCGGUAAUGGCUCCGCCACGCUGUCAAUGGCCUACGCAGCCGCCCGCUUCACCAACGCCUUGAUGCGUGGUCUCAAGGGCAAGUCCUGUGCGCCCGAGUGCGCCUACGUCCAGUCCGACGUAACCGACUCCCCGUUCCUCUCCACUCCACUCACCUUCGGUCCCAGGGGCAUUGCGAAAAACCAUGGCCUGCCCGCGUUGGAUGAACGCGAAAAGGAGCAGCUCAGGGUAGCCGUUGACGCCCUGAAGAAGUCCGUCUCUAAGGGUGUCAAGUACAUGGAAUAAAUGUCACUCUCCCUCCGAUAGUGCCAUAUCUAAUCCAAGCAACAAAAGCACAGAUCAACUUCAGAGACAAAUUUGACAAAACAAAAUUUUGAAUGUGAACUAGAAAAUAAUUUCGUUUCACGAAUCUUUGCUGCGACAUCCACCUGGAUAACUAUGAGAAGAGCGUCGAAUAGCUGGUGAUGGGAAUUGAGUUGAAGUCGCGUAAGAAGUUGCGUCCACAUGUCGAAUGUUCACACUGGCGUGUGCACGGCGUUCGCGAAAAGCAGAUUAAUCUCGAUGUCCAGAGUCGUUGACCCACAGCGAGUGCAGGAGUCAUUUCGGCGGCACCCAGGAGAUGGAUGUUCCAGCGUACCUUUCACGGAUGCAGAAACAUUGUACAACUGCUCGCUACUCUGCUGAUGGACAUUCAGUUCGGAGCCGCACAGAUGAUUUUUACACUCGCUGGUGUUCAAUGACUUGCGGAUCGGGGAACAGACGCUUUUCGAGCAUGCCACACACACACACUUGCCACUUUGUGUCUCGCCUGGUGCGAAUUCAAACAUUGGGAAGGACAUCAGCGCAAUCUACUAACUACUAAUCAAUCCAGCCGAACACCUUGGGGUCCAACUCCACACUCAACUGCAGCUAUUGACUCAUCUGCUGAUGGGCAUUCAGAUCGAUGCCGCACAAAUGAUUUGCACAAAGUAAAACAUUUCCCUCAAACUAA